GGGGCUGCCCCCGGGCUGCGGGCUCGGCAGGGCCGGGGCUGAGCACCCGCCGCCCCGGCAGGCGACGCUGCCCCGGCCCCCGAGCAGCCGUGGCCGUGGCCGGGCGCCCCGGGAACAUGGCGGGUGCAGAAGAGAGGCCCCGGCUGAGGGUGCAAGACCCCGGUUGCUCCCAGCCUCCAGACUCCUGAAGGUUUGACGUUUUUAAGCACCGGGUGCAGAUUAGCGAAAGCUCUCAGCCAUCUCGCCCGGUGUGCGGCGGGGGGAGCGGGCUGCCUUCCUCCGCCGGCACCCUCGCCUUCCUCACCUGCGCCCGGCCGCCUUCCCGCAGCGCAGGCAGGGUCCAGCCGGCCUGGGAGGGUGCUGAGCACAUGAGCGGCGCGGAGGCAUGGCCAGCGAUGCCAGGAUGGGCGGCUGGCGGAGACCCCAGGACGCCGCCCAGGAUGCCGGGGUGAUGGAGCGCAGCGGGCCGGCGGGGGCCCUGCCUCGGACGGCCGCCGCGGAGCUGGGACUCGCGGCCCCCGGCUACCAGGAGCCCGCCGAGCUGGGCUACUGCGCCAGGCUGGAUGCGGAGAAGGGGCAUCUCCGGAGGGGCUCCGAGGGGAGCCCGGAGCCCGGCCGGGAGCCCGCCGGGGGCGGCCUGGGCUGUCCCUACGCGCCGGCGCGCGUGCGGGAUGCCCUGAGCCGCCCGCCCUGCGGCCGCAAGGACGCCGCCGAGCUGCAGCGGCUGCUGGAGCCCCGUGACGGCGAGCCCAAGGCGGGCUGGGCUGAGCCGGGCAAGGAGUGCCGGGCGCCGCGGUGGCCCGAGGCCGUGCUGGCCACCCCGCUGGCCCUCUACAGCCACGCGUACCGCCGCUACCCGCUGCCCUUCGCCGGGCUGGAGAGCCAGCGCCCUGGCAAGCCCCGGUGCCUCGCCGAGCCCGCCAGUGCUGGCGACACGGCGGACGGGGCCGACGACCCCACGGCUUUCCACCACUGCCCCUUCCUGGCCGAGGCCAAGCUGGCUGAGCACGGCCCCUUCCUCGUGUCGCCACUGCUGCCGGCUGAGCCCAUGUACGGCGGCGGGCUGGGCGGUGCGGCGCCGGACGGCCCUGGGGCGCUGGGCGCCGAGCGCUACGCCACCGUGGACUGGCACCCGGCGCCCUACGUGCCGCUCUGGGCACAGCCCCUCUACCUGAGCCCCCCGCCGCAAGGGCGCAAGGCACCUCCGGCCCCCUUCGACGGCGCCUCCAGCUCAGGGAACAAGGAGUUUUACCCCCCAAAAGACCCCGGCUUCCACCUCCUGGCCAAGGACCAAGUGCAACCUCAGCUGCUCAGCAUGGGCCCGGCGGUGCCGGCAAGGCAGGACAGAGACGGGGAGCUGCCGGGCGCUGCGUGGAGGGACGGCAGAGCCGGCGGCGGCCCAGCAGCGCCCGUUCCCGCUGCCCCGCCGCCGCGCGCCAGCGCCGGCCACGCGGGACGCCCGCUCUUCUUGCUGCAGCCCGGUGUGCCGGGGGGCUCCCGGGCCGGCACACGGCCCCACGCCGCGGGUUUCCCUCUGGAGCCGGCGCCAGGCAGGCCCUCCAGGCCCAAAGACGAGAGCCUCGUGUAUCAAAGCCUGAAGCCCAGGUCGCCGCUGGGACCGAGCGAGCCCGACCCGUCGCCUCUGCUCACCGCCGGGCCCUACCUGCCGGCCCUUUCCAACACGGAGCUGCCGGCUGCCAGCCCGUGUGCCGCGUCGGGCAGCGAGCGGUGUCUGGGCGCAGGCUGCUGGGCGCUCCGCCGCCCCGCCGCCCCGGCCGAGGCCGCGGGGCCGGACGGCGAGGCGGCCCUGGGCGCCUCGGGCAGUCGCUUUCCCUGCCCGUCCAGCAACCACACCAAGCUGAAGAAGACCUGGCUGACGCGCCACUCGGAGCAGUCGGCGCCGCGCUGCAAGGCGCUCCGGCGAGAGGGGCCUGGCGGCACCCCCGAGGCGCCCGCCGAGGGCAAGCGGGCGGCCAAGCGGCCGCACGGCUCCGGCGACGGGCCGCGGGGCGCAAGCGAGGGCCCCGGCGCUGCCAAGCGGGGCGCCAAGGCUGCGGAUCGCGCGGGCGCCGCCUGCCCCGGCGCCCAGGAGAGGACGGCGCUCCCGGAGGCGAGGAACACGGAGCUGGGAGAGGGAGGGGCACGGAGCUGCGCGGGCGCGGGGCCCCCGGAGCGGCGGCGCCUGCAGAGCGUGCCCUGCACGGCCCUGCCCGCCAGCAUCCCGCGGUGCUGCGCCUGCGCGGCCGGCGCCCGGGCCGGCCCCGGGGCCGACGGCGAGGACGACGACCCCCCCGAGAGCGCCUGCAGGCUGCUGCACUUCCGCAGGUUUGCCUUUGGGGCGAGCGGGGAGCUGAGCGUGGACGGCUUUUGCACGCUGGACGAAGCGGAAGGGGAGAUGCUGCACCUGGACGUCGGCAGCAAGGAGAGGAGGAGCAAGAGCAGCAGCAGCCUCUGCCUGGCCAAGUACCUGCUGUCGGUGCUGGGCGACCCCUUCUGCGAGGCCGUGCGGAGAGACAGGGAGGCUUGGCUGGGAGCCCGCGGGGCGCACGAGCGGUUGGCGGCCUGGAGGCGCGGGGAAGGAGCCCCCCAGCUCUGCGACGCCUGCCAGCGCGGCCUCUUCAACUCCCACUGGAGCUGCGCCAGAUGUGGGUUCCAGCUGUGCCCCGACUGCCACCGCGGCAGGCGGCAGGAGGUCGGCCCAGAGGACGCAGCACAGCCGGCUGAGUGCGUCCCUGGGCAGGACCACGACGUCAGGUCCCUCGUCCCCACGCAGUUCGUCCCCAUCCACGUGCUCACCGAGCUCUGGAAGCUGCUGCACGAGGUCCGGGCCAAGUUCGACAUCAAGUCGCGCUGCCCCUGCGGGGGGGGCGCCGCGGCCGGGGGCCCGGCGGAGGCGGCGGGCAGCAGGCAGGAGGAGCCGGGGGAGGAGAUGCCGUGUCUGCAGCCCAGCAGCGACGGCGAAGCCGACGCGUCCGGGCCCAUCGAGGACGAGAGCCCCGCGCCGGGGCCGCGCUCGCCGGGGGGGCCGGUGCCCCGAGGGGCCGUGCAGACCGCCACGCUCUGCGACCUCCUCGCCUCCACCGCCGUCAAGCUGUGCCUGGGGCGCAACGGCGUGCGCAUGGCCUUCGCGCCCGUCUCGCCCGCCCUGCCCAGCGACACCCGCCUCGCCAGCAUCCUGGACAGCAUCAUCGCCCGCGUGGUGGAGAGGAAGAUCCAGGAGCGGCAGGCGGGCGGCCCCGGCGCCGCCGAGCCCCCCGCCUCGCACUGCCUGCUGGCGCCCGGCGGGCUCCUCUGGCUCCACGAGCCCAACCACGCCACCAACUACCAGCUCUUCCAGGAGCACUGGCGGCGGGGCCAGCCAGUCCUGGUCUCUGGGCUGCAGAAGACGCUGGACGGGCGCCUGUGGGGGCCGGAGUCAUUCCGGCCGGCCGGCGGGGAGCAGGAGGUGGAGGCGGUGAACCUGCGGGCGCAGCCGGGCCGCGUCAGGCUCAGCAGCAAGGAAUUUUGGGACGGCUUCGCCGCCAGCGCCGCGUGCCCCGAGCCGGAGCACGGAGGUGACCUGCUGAAGCUGGAGAGCGGCUUUGGAGACAUGCAGCUGUGCCGGGCCGCCAACCUGAGCGCCAGCCUGCCGCUGCUCGAGUACUGCGGGCCCGACGGCCGCCUCAACCUGGCCUCCUACCUGCGGGGCGAGCGGGGCCGGCGCUGGCUGCGGCCCCGCAUCUGCGUGGCGUACGGCGUGAGGCCCGAGGACAGCGCCAUCGGGACCAAAAACCUGACGGUGGAGGCGGCCGACUCCAUCAGCGUGCUCGUGCACGCCGGGGCAUCGCCGCCCGACCGGCCGGGGCUGCUGCUGCAAGCCGAGGAGGACGGCGUGGACGCGCCGCUCAAGCAGCGCCUCUGGGACGCCCGCAGCCGCCCCGGCGCCCUGUGGCACAUCUUCCGCGCCGAGGACGCCGGCCGCAUCCGGGAUUUCUUGCAAAAGGCCUGCCAGGACCACGAGCGGGACGGGGCGGCCCAGCCGGAGCCUGCUGCCCGCUGCAGCCACUACCUGGACCUCUCGCUGCGGAGGAGGCUGCGCGAGGAGUGCGGCGUCAGCAGCUGGACGCUCCUGCAGUUCCUCGGGGACGCCGUGCUGGUCCCCGCGGGGGCUCCGCACCAGCACUCGGGGCAGGUGCAGACCCUCACCGGCACCGUCAGCGUGGAGCAGCGGUUCCUCUCGCCGGAGAACGCCGCCCGCCUCAGGGACUACAGCGCCGGCCCCGCCGGGGCCGCACGCUGCCUCCGAGCCCAGAUGGACGGCAUGAUCUUCUCGGCGGUGCGGGAGGCCGUGGGCGUCUUGCAAGGCUGCAAGUAGGACAGCGGUGGAGCGGGGCUGCAAGGAGGCCGUGGGCUGGAGCCGGCGGCGGUGGGGAGCGCGGCCCCCGCGGUGCAGCGCGGCGCUGGGCCCGGCGCUGCCGCUGGCCGGCUGGGGGGCCCGGGGCGCCAUGCCGGGGAAAUAAAUGUGUCUGCAGCGUGCCCAGAGCCGCAGGCACACGUGACACCUGC